CCGGGCCACGGUUAUCAGAGGAUGUUUGGCGCCAUCUCUGGAACCGGUACAAGACCGGAGGGCAUAUCUCUCGCGCCCCCCCUGCUCGGUAUGGGCGUUCUUCCCCCUAUCCCACAACCUAUCCUAUUCCCCUGCUUGCGUCGAUCCGACUCCGGUGGCUUGCAUCCCCCCCGCGGCCUAGUUUAUCCGUAUUCGCCCUCACCGACAACACCGUCUACCGCGUCGGACCUCCCUGGAAACAGAGCGCGACCAAGUCGGCACCGCCCUCGUCCUCCUCCCGAUCACCGUCUGAGGCUGAAACGCCCGACACCUCGCGCGCGCGGACUCGCUGGAUCUUCCCGGGCUCCACACAGAUUCGUUGAUCCUAUCCUUGCCAAGGUCGAGUUUGAUAUCGACCGACGGAGAGCGGCGUGGUAUGACCCGUGGCUGAGGAGUCGGCGGUUGAACCGCGCAAAGAGAAAGAACAGUGAUGUGCGAGAGGAUGAGUCGUCGGUGGAGGAGCACGGCCGGAUGCUCAAACCACCGCUCGAGCUGAGGCUGAACGGGCGCGAGAAGAACGGGAGCCCUGGGUCGCUGCCACCAGAUCCGGUCCAAUAUUUUCCUUUGUCGGAGUCCCCUUCACCCAUGGAAGACGAGGACGCCCUCGAGACAGGCAAGGACCCACUCGCCGACGUGUUUGGUUCCGAUGCUGACACAUGGGCAGAAGUCCAUGCGGAGAACGCCGAGUAUUUCGAACGGCCUACGAACCCGCACAUCGUCCAGCUGGCGCUCAGUGCUGGUGAGCUCGGCGAGGACAAUGCGGACGGGGGAGAGGAUGAUCUUGACGACGACUCGGAGCCGCAAGAAGACCUGAAAGAGAUCGUGAGGCUUCUUGGCCGGUCCGAACUUGCGGAUGAUGUCACUGGCAUUUCAAGCUCGACGUCGAAAAAACGCGCACCCCCGCCGUCGCCGUUGAAUCUAUCGACCCCUAGCACACCGAAUGAGAUGCAUGAACCUGCGGAGAAGGAGCCGGUGAUGCUGCCGUACCUUGACGAGGCGCCGGAGGAUCAGUCCGAUGCGGAUAUGCCUCGCAAGAGCUUGUAUGAUCCGGACAAGCGCGGUGGGGGAUUCUAUGAUGACAUGGAUUUCGGAUUCGAUACUUCUGAUGUCGAGUUCGACGACCCCAAUGACCGGCGCAAGAGCCAAGUCAUUCUCCAUGCUCAGCUUGACGAGAUAGAGCGGAACUUGGCCCAAUUCUCACCGCGAAAACUCAAGUCAGAGCUGGAGGAUGAACAGUCGUUAUCUCUGGCGCGAAUUGCCAGCCAGCCUACCCUAUCUCCACAAUUGAACAACUCUGAUGUGCUUCCACCCACUCCCCGACUUGCGAGCUACUCGGACAUCCAUCCUGCUGAUGAGGACUCGUCUGACACUGAGGACCUGACACGACAAGCUUGGCCUGCUGUUCCGUUCAAUGCGCUUCCAGACCGUGCACCAUCACAAGCAAGUACGGCGCCGCGACUAGCGCUGAACGGGGUCAGCACUUCUAUGCCGAGUCGGUUCCGCGCCAACAGCCGUGCUGGGCCGAGCCCCAGUCCGUCCGAGUCCGACAUGCGAAAGCAAGAGCACGCUGAGGCGUAUCCAGCGUUCACUCCUGCGAUCGAAGCCAAGACCUCGCUGAACUCGCCGUUGCUUCCUCUGUCGCCUGACCCGUUUGGGCGACACCCUUCCUCGAAUGAUACCAGACGCAUGUCGCAGUCGUAUUGGGACGCCCCGGCGCCGGCCGAAGCGCCGAAGGUUGAGCGCAAGCGAUCGACAUCUACGACUUCAGGAUCAUUGAGCCGGUUUUCGACGGAGUCCUUGAGAGGGCUAGCUGAGAGGCAGAGCAACCGGGGAACGAUCAUGAGCGUGAAAGGGAUCAAGAGCCUCUGGAGGAAGAGUCACAAGAAUUCGCCGUCUGUGUCAGUCAUCUCACCUGUCUUGGAGAACGCAUUCUCGCCAUUAUCACCACCCCUUCCGCCACAGAGGCCGAACCGACCGUCGAUGGAGGAAAUGCAGUUUCCCGAUGUGGAGGUUGAGGUCCCGAUACCCAAGACGCCCAUCAUGGGCUCUUUCCCUUCAAGUCCGCCGCCGGUGCCGCCGUCACCGCGGCUGUCACCGCGACCACCACCGCAAGAGAUGCCGAUGCCGCCAACUCAGUUCCGUCCGGGCCAGUACAUGGUCCCUCCACCCAUGCUGCAAUCGACGAAUCGUGCGCCGAUCAUUGCAGCCAAGGCCGGGCCGAUGUCCCGGAAGACAUCGAGCGACAACCUGGAAUGGGACCAGGAGUCGCCAUAUCCCACCCGCAAGGCAUCGCUCACUUCCUCCGUAGCGACCAGCAGCCGGUCCCACACUCAGACACCGCCACCGAGCUCGAGUCCACCGAACCCAACACCUGCGCCGCUUCCGUCUGAACGCGACAGGAAUGCGACCCGCAAGUCGAUCCUCAAGUGGAAGGCAGCGGCGAACUUUCAACCGGACGCGGAUGGGGAGCGUCACGGGGUCGCCGCCCCCGUCGUCCCACGGGUCACUCAACGGGGGUUUGAUAUCCCGCCGAGCCCGAAGAUCCCGGACCAGUUUGUGCCGCCGGCUACCCAGCAGCAGCAAUCGCCGCCGCGAACCCGGCCUAAUUCGGCGGCGAUCGCGCGUCGGCGGGUGAGUGCCAAGAUGCAGAGCGUGUCGACGACCGAGACGUCGUCGUCUUGGCGGCACAGGACGCAGGAGAGCAUGACGUUCUCGUCGUCGGACGACACGCAUGAAAGCGCGACGAUCUUGGACACGUCUGCGUUCGAGAUCGUGUCGCCGAAGAUGGGCGCGACGCUCAGCUUUCCUUACGCGAACGUUGAUUCUGGGGCAGUCUAG